AGCCAGCAGACGCCUCCCACCCAGCGCUGCGGCGUCUUUGUGUGGGGGAACCGGGCUGUUGUUUUGGACCGUCUCUGCGGAGGACGCAGGAGGGAGCCCCAGCCGCACAGUGAUGUUCAGGGCUAGGCGCACGUAGCCCCGCGCCCGGGAGGUUGGAUGGGGGGGCUCGGAACUCCCGCCAGUGAGGCCCGAGGCUGGCACGUGGGAGGCCCCGGCCCGGGGCUGUGUGGGGCCGGCAGGAGGUUGGACACGGAGGCAGGGGGAUAAUCCAGCCCCUCCAGCGGGCCGAGUCCUUCCCACUUCGCCGCCCCAGCGCGAUAGCCGGGCUCGGCCGUGCCCCCUCCCACGCCCGCCUCCUUCCACGUCUGGCUGCGCCGCGGCCGCUCCCCGGGGCCGGGGCUAUAAGAGGCUCCGCCUGGGGCUGGCCGCAGCUGCUGGAGGCAGAAGGCGGCGGCGAGAGGCGAGAGCCUGCGGCCAUGAAGUCCCCGCAAACCGAGAGCGCGGCCGGCCCAGGCUCCGGUGACGGUCUCCCCCGUCCGGGCCCUGCCGCGCUGCGGGCGGAUGCCGGGGAGCUGGCAGAGGUGCUGGGCGAGUUCGAUGCCGUGAUCGAAGACUUCUCCUCGCCCGUCAGCAAGCGCCACUUUCACUACGAGGAGCACCUGGCGCGGAUGAAGCGGCGGAGCAGCGCCAGCGUCAGCGACUGCAGCGGCAUGAGCGACUCAGAGAGUGCAGAUUCACUCUACAGAAACAGUUUUAGCUUCAGUGAUGAAAAACUUAACUCUCCAACAAUGUCAGUUCCAACUCCUACUUUACCAUCUCCAGCAAUAACUCCUUGUAAAGCAAAACUUGGGGACACAAAAGAACUAGAAGACUUUAUUGCUGAUCUUGACAGGACAUUAGCAAGUAUGUGAAGCAAAGGGAUUUUUGGCAUCAUUCCUGUCUACAGAUAAUUCCUCGAAAGAUGCAAUGAAGACCUAAUGCUAUGGAUCACUGAAAGCCGCUGCCAUGUCUGACAACUGUCAGCUUUGCCAUCCAGCAUAUUCAUCUUCUGAACAUAACAAUAGUCACCUUCUCUAAGCAUUUAACUGAUGACAUCAGUUUUGUUACUUUGCAGCAGGCAGGAUCAGAUAACUUAAAUGUGCUGAUACUAUAUUUUUUCUUUAAAAUAUAGCUUAAAAGCAAUUUUAAAUUAAAAUUUAUGAAAAUAUAUUUGUAAUUUUAUAUAGUUGGAAACUUUAAUGCUUUUAAUAUAUUUUUGUAUACAAAUAAAACUUGAACUGAAAUGUAGCUGUCUAAAAUCUCUCUGUGGGUUUAAGAAGAUUGAAACUUAAUAAUAAAUUAAACUCAUCUCAGUUCCUGAGACUAUGCAUCAGAUUUUAAAAUUUCUGAUAACUUAUUUCACAAUAAGCAAAAUAACAAAAUGCAGGCUUUAUGCAAAACUUGACAUUUUUCUCAGUUAUAGGGCCAAAGUUGGUUAAAUGUGAGUGUUAAAUGCCUAGGGAAUAGAAUCAGUUGAGCCAAAUGCUGAUCUCACACUAGAAUAAGUCUGGUGUAAUUCUACAGACUUCAGUAUCUGUUAGAUUUGGGUAUGUGUGUGUGGAAGAGCUUUCAGGCCCUAUCUAAGAGACCCCCUUAAUGAACUUCCAAGCUUUGGUGGUGUCAUUUAAAUGUUUAAAUUAUUGAAUGCACCACUCUAAAUCAAACACUGAUUGGGAGCCAACACACUUAGGCCAAGAUAUUUAAAGGUGCCUAGGCCUUGCAAUGCUGAGUGGAGCAAUGCCUAAGUGACAAUCCCAUUGACUUUCAGUAAGAUUUAGGCUCCUACAUACCUAAGUCAUUUUCAAAGUGUGACUUAGCCUGUAAGUCACUUAUGGUCAUAUCCACACAGGUAUUUAGGUAACUGCCUUUUUGGGUGCCACUGCCUGUAAGCAUCUUAAUUUUUUGCUUGUCAGCAUUCGCAAAGCCACCUAAGCAUUGAUGCUGCCCCACAGCUAGUGAGCCCUUACUGAAGAAGAGGCCCCAAAUAGGAUUCUCAAAGUGGGUGAGGGAAUCAGGGCUGGCAUUAUGACAUAGAAAGUAGGGCAAUUGCCCAGGGCCCCACAUCAGAGGAGGCCCCCGUGAAACUAAGUUAUGAGUGGGGGAGAGGGGCUUCCACCCCAGGCGGUGAGGCUCGGGCUUCAGCAGGGGGACCCACUCCUUAGUUUCUGCCUUUAGGCCUCAGCAAGUCCAAUGCCGGCCCUGGGGAGAAUGCCUAUCUCGUCAGCAGGGACUGAUUCUUUAAGCUCCGAGCAUGCUUAAAGCACUGAGAAAAAGCUAGAUAGUAGGGCUGUCAAACAAUCAAAAAAUUUUAUUGUGAUUAAUUGUUUUAAUCGCACUGUUAAUAGA